AUGCUUCGUGGUCAAGGCAGGAAAGACAGCAAGCUCGGAGGAGGCCAUGCUGGCCAGAGAAGUGCGCAGGGCUCCAUGGGUGUACAAGGUCUCAAGGAUGAGAAGGAAGCAGCAGCCAGUGCUGCCUCCCAAUCCUCUUCUUCCUAUGCUUUAAUGGGGGCCACAGCAAGAGAAGAGCCUGGGCUGGGGAUUCCCCUCGCUGCCAUGGCUCCCAUUGAAAGCAGUCAAUGUUGUGAGGGAUCCACGUCGCAAGAAGUGGAUGGUCCAGGUCUCUCCCAGAAUAAGGAGACACCUCAAAUCACGCCGACUGAAUUUGUAAGUGCUAAGUUAGAGAAGAUUGUGCGGUUUCUGCUUCAGAAGUAUCAAAAGAAGGAGCAGAUCACCAUGGAAGAAAUGAUGCACAUUGUGGAUGAUGAUUCCCAUGAUGACUUCCCUAUGAUCAUUAGGAAAAUCUGUGAUUGCAUGCGUCUGUGUUUCGGAAUUAUUAUGAAGGAAGUGGAUUGCCCUGGACACAAAUAUGAGCUUGUCCCUGUCUUGGGCCUCACUUAUACAGGGAUACUGGAUGAUGAUGACCAGAUUAUUCCUAAAGCUGACCUCCUGAUAGUCGUUCUGAGUGUCAUAUUCCUAAAGGGCAACCGAGUCAGUGAAGAGUACCUUAGGGAAAUUGUGAGACAUAGGAAGAACUUAGCUGAGAGGAAGCACAUUGUCAUUGGUGAGCACUGGGAAUUCAUCACCAAGGAUUUGGUCCGGGAAGAGUACCUGGUGUACCAGCAGGUUCCACAUAGUGAUCCUCCUCGCUAUGAGUUCCUGUGGGGUCCAAGAGCCCUUGCAGAAACCACCAGGAUGAAAGUACUAGAGCAUGUGCUCAUGCUUGAUGGGACAGAUCCCAGGUCUCACCCAGAACUCCAUGAGCAGGCUUUGAGAGCAGAAAGAGGUAUUUUGAGUGCCUCUGCAGGGCUAGAUGAGUCACAGUGA